AUGAAGACAACGGAUGACAACGACGACGAGGACAACGAUGAAACGAAUACCAGUGAGAAUAACAUCAUCGUUCGAGUGUUAUUCUGCGGCGAAGAAUUCAUCGGUGGAUUCGAAGCCACGAAACGCUAUACAGAAGCAUCGUCAUCGUCAUCAUCAUCAUCAUCCGAUGGUGUAACGGUAAAAGUCCAAAACUGCCCCCGGGAAAGAGUGAAAGAUAUGAUUCAGGAGUACGACGUGUUGGUGCCACUGAUGACCAGAUUCGACGAAACAGUUAUCAAUUCUGCUGCUGGUAAUGGUUCUGGUGAUCGUGGGAAAAAGUUGUCAAAGUGUAAACUGAUACUACAAUUCGGCGUCGGCUUAGAAGGAGUGGCCAUCGAUUUGGCCACAAAAGCAGGCAUAAAAGUCGGACGAAUUCGCUCGGACUCGAACCCGAACGCAACGAGCACGGCGGAGAUGGGGGUUUUUUUAACACUCGCGGCGUUAAAAAAAGUAAACGAGUGUCAAAUAUCCGUCGAAAAUAAAGUGUUGGGAUCACCGAUGGGGGAGUCGUUGUUCGGGGCGACUGUUUUGUUCGUCGGAUGGGGACGCGUCGCCAAGGCGCAAGCGAAGAUGUUCAAGUUUGGGUUUCAAUGUAAGAUUUACGCGUUGAGACGGAAACGAGAGAGGAAAGGAGAAGAAGAUGAUGAAGACGACAACGAGUUGUUAGAUGGCUUGUACGAGGGCGAUAUUUCGGACGUAGAUUUAGUGGGUAACUUUCCGAGCGGGCGAAAUAAUAUCGUCGUCAUCGCGUGCACGUGUACGCCGGAGAAUAGAAAGAUGGUGAAUAAAACAUUUUUAGAUUCGCUAAAGUUUGGAGAGGAGAGAGUGCCUGGUAUAGUUGUGAACGUCGCCCGCGGCGCGUUGGUGGAUGAACGAGCCAUGCGCGAGGCGUGCGAAAAUGGCAUGGUUUUGUAUUACGCCACGGACGUGUGUUACGACGAACCGGUGGAUGUGGGCGGCGACUUGCUCAGCCUCGGCGAAAACGGGAAACGGGCGUCGAACAUCUUCGUCACGCCGCACGUCGGAGGCGUCACCGUGAACUCGUACGAACGAAUGGGGAAAAUCGUCGCCGAAUAUGCUAGAAAAAUAGUCAAGGAGAAAAGAAUCGAAAGCGACGAGUGCGUGUCUAUCGUCAAUUGA